CCCACAGGUACGCGCUUCCUCCUCCCCUGCUUUUCUAUUAUUUUCUUAAUGAGCUUUUGCGUUGUUCGGCUGAACUGCAGAAACGCAACUUCUACAGAGGUUGAUAUAGGAGUAAUUCUUGAUCUUGAUACACCUCUAGGGAAGAUGUGCAUCACUUGCAUCUCUAUGGCAAUCGAAGAUUUCUAUUCCAAUCGGAACCACAGCACCGUGAUCGUGCCUCGUUUCAGGGAUUCGAUGAGUGAUGUUGUUGCUGCAGCUUUUACUGGGCAAGGGAUAUGGCGGUGGAGGAAUUAUUCGCACGAUGAAGAAGGCAUUGGUUUGAAAAUUGAAGAUGAACCGUUAUGUUUAAAGUGACUUAUUUUUUAGGGUUAAUU